GCGCACUAAAACUUGACGGUUCUUUAUAGAGAGAGGGAGAGAGAGAGAAAGAGAGGGAGAGGGAGGGAGGGAGGGGGCCCGCUUUCCCCCCCUUCUUUCUUCCAAAGAUGUUUGAAAUCGCAGUCAUUUACGCUCGACAAUUUUUACAAUAGCCUUGAGCCAUAAUUUUGCGAGUCUCUCCAGCAUCCAUCCCCCUGUAUGGUCUCUCUCCACCGGCCAAGCACGACCGUUUCUCUCCCCAACCGUGGAUUUCCUAUUACUCUCGUUACGACUCACUGAGCCCCAGGCCCAAGGAUAAUGAUGUGUUGUUUCUUGGUAGCAUAAUUUGUCACACGUACAUUUUUUCUUCUUCUUCUCUUGCAGAAAGCUCUGCACCCUCUCUCUCUCUCUCCCCCUCUCCUUCUCUCUCCCUCUCUCCCUCUCUCCUUCUCUCCCUCUCUCUUUCUCUCUUUUCUCCCUCUCCUACAUUUUCUUGCUGUUGCUAAUUCAUGGUGAUCAAAUGAUGUACGACAAAAUAAAUUGUAAAGAGUGACGGCCUGGAGUUGGGAGGCAGAAGGGUUUCUCCCCUCCCAAGGAGAGAGCAAACCUUUAAAAAGGAAGGACAAUUGAUUUUUUUUGGGGGGGAAGCUUAAGUGAGCCUUGACUUUGCAGCUGGUGGAAAGCAGGCUGGAGGAGGGUUUAAAGCCAGGUGCGCCCAGCCCGCUCGCCAUGUCCAGAUCAGGGGACCGGACCUCCACUUUCGACCCCAGCCACAGCGACAACCUGCUGCACGGCCUCAACCUGCUGUGGAGGAAGCAGCUGUUCUGCGACGUGACCCUGACGGCGCAGGGCCAGCAGUUCCACUGCCACAAGGCCGUGCUGGCCUCCUGCUCGCAGUACUUCCGCUCGCUCUUCUCCAGCCCCCCGCCUCUCGGGGGAGGGGGCGUCGGCCAGGACGGCCCGGGGGCCCCUAAGGACCCGCCGCAGCCGCCGCAGCAGCCGCCGCCGCCGCCGCAGGAGGAGCCCGGGACGCCCGCGUCCUCGCCCGACGACAAGCUGCUGGCCGGCCCGCGGGCCAUCAACAACCUGGUGCUGCAGGGCUGCUCGUCCGUCGGGCUGCGCCUGGUGCUCGAGUACCUCUACACGGCCAACGUGACCCUGUCCCUGGACACGGCGGAGGAGGUGCUGUCGGUGAGCAAGAUCCUGCACAUCCCGCAGGUCACCAGGCUCUGCGUGCAGUUCCUCAACGACCAGAUCUCGGUGCAGAACUACAAGCAGGUGUGCCGCAUCGCCGCGCUGCACGGCCUGGAGGAGACCAAGAAGCUGGCCAACAAGUACCUGGUGGAGGACGUGCUGCUGCUCAACUUCGAGGAGCUGCGCGCCCUGCUGGACGCGCUGCCGCCGCCCGUGGAGUCGGAGCUGGCGCUCUUCCAGAUGGCCGUGCUGUGGCUGGAGCACGACCGCGAGGCCCGCAUGCCGCACGCGCCCGACCUCAUGAAGCGCCUCCGCUUCGCGCUCAUCCCCGCGCCCGAGCUGGUGGAGCGCGUGCAGCCGGUGGACUUCAUGCGCAGCGACCCCGUCUGCCAGAAGCUGCUGCUGGACGCCAUGAACUACCACCUGAUGCCCUUCCGGCAGCACUGCCGGCAGAGCCUGGCCAGCAGAAUUCGCUCCAACAAGAAGAUGCUGCUCUUGGUUGGAGGCUUGCCUCCCGGGCCGGACCGCCUCCCCAGCAACCUGGUUCAGUACUACGACGACGAAAAGAAGACUUGGAAAAUUCUCACAAUCAUGCCCUACAACAGCGCCCACCACUGCGUCGUGGAGGUGGAGAACUUCCUGUUCGUGCUGGGCGGAGAGGACCAGUGGAACCCUAAUGGAAAACACAGUACCAAUUUUGUCAGUCGAUACGACCCCCGCUUUAAUAGCUGGAUACAGCUCCCACCCAUGCAGGAGAGAAGAGCCAGUUUCUACGCGUGUCGGCUGGACAAACAUUUAUACGUUAUUGGUGGGAGGAAUGAAACCGGCUAUUUGUCCAGCGUGGAGUGCUACAACCUGGAAACAAACGAAUGGCGUUAUGUGUCCUCUCUGCCACAGCCUCUGGCAGCUCACGCAGGAGCAGUGCACAAUGGGAAAAUCUACAUUUCAGGGGGAGUACACAAUGGAGAAUACGUCCCGUGGCUAUAUUGCUAUGACCCUGUGAUGGACGUCUGGGCUCGCAAACAAGACAUGAACACAAAACGCGCCAUCCACACGUUGGCUGUCAUGAAUGAUCGCUUGUAUGCAAUUGGAGGAAAUCAUUUGAAAGGCUUCUCCCACCUCGAUGUCAUGCUGGUGGAAUGUUAUGACCCAAAAGGUGACCAGUGGAACAUUCUCCAAACUCCCAUCUUGGAGGGCCGCAGCGGCCCUGGCUGCGCAGUGCUUGACGACAGCAUUUACCUCGUGGGAGGCUACAGCUGGAGCAUGGGGGCCUACAAGUCGUCCACCAUCUGCUACUGUCCCGAGAAAGGCAGCUGGACGGAGCUGGAGGGAGACGUGGCAGAGCCCCUGGCAGGCCCAGCCUGCGCCCCGGUCAUCCUGCCCGCCUGCGUCCCUUACAACAAAUGACGCCAGGAAGCCCCGGAGUGACAGCGCCCCGCUCCGGGACACGGCGACAGGUGACAUCGCGGCUAGAACUAGGAACGAUGCAUUCGAACCGUUGCAAAAGGAAAAAGACCUGCUCCCGAGCAGAUACUGUGUCUGUGACUCAGAUCACCACCCACUCCCGGCGGUGACAGACUCUUCCAUUUCAGACUGGUUUGAACUUGUCCCAGCUUGACGGAAACACCUCCCCGUGGAUCUGAACUUCCCAAAGGAGGAAGGAAACACACAGGCGAGCGCCCGAGAGACGGGCGAUCAGUGUUGUGCGUUGUAGUCUACCUGCAUGUGGUCUUUGUUGACGUUUUUGGGGAUAUCGUGUUCAUGAAUGACUCAGAAUGGGACCCACUAAAAUCCGCACCCUGCAUUCCAGGAGUUGCCACUUGAUUCCGUGUUCCUAACCUGUGGCUCCGUCACAGACUCCCUAGGCAACACGGUUGUAGAAAACCCUGGCAGGUUCAAGAGCAGCACUUCUGUUCCUGUAGAACCUGAUCUAUGCCGUCUGCCCCUUCCAGCCUCGGGGAUGAGAGAGGAGUAGGAGGCUGGCUCUGGUGGCAAUUGCUCUCUGCCCUGGAGGCCCCAUGCUAGCCAAAGUCAUCGUUUCUGUGUCCUCAAUUUUGUCUGAAAGAUUAAAAGAAAAUACACUAUGUCACUAUUCGGUCCAUGGAGUCUUGCUCUUUUUAUUUAUUUAUUUAUUUAUUGUUUUACAGAAUAUAAGCCAGUAGUGAACACCCGAUAUUUGCUCCCAACGGUAGGAUUGGCAGGCAAGUCAUCCAUGUUGUGUAUUCUGUUGGGUAACAUAUCUGACCCAAACUUAACCCACAGGAAAACUGGGAGAUAGCUUUCAGGAAUUCAGGAGCAAAAAGAAAGAAUAAUUUCUGUUACGACAGUCCCAGAUGUCUCUCUGUCCCUAACACACGACCUACGAGAGCCACAGGAGCAAACGAUGGCUCCUAACAAACAGGUCCCCCUCGUCCUCACUGUGGCUCUACAAAUGGCUCUAGAUUUGGCUCUAGAAAAGCACAUGACUCACCCUGGUCAUUCCCCCAACUCAUCCUCCACAUUUGUCACCAGCAGAGGCGCCCGAGCUCAGCGUGGUGGGCAGUUGCUGGGUUUUCCGGAGCCCAGGGAGGAAGGCAGGAGGGCAGGGGAUGGUCUCCAUGGGGCCAAACCAACAAAACUGGCAGCAACAGGAGUUGGAUGUUCAAUCUCUUCGGAUCUGGAAAACAUCUGAUAGGUGUCAAUAAAAGCCUAAAGUGUUUUUUUAGUCACCCAGAGAUGUCUGCGAGCCCCUUUAGCACAUGUGGCAUUCAGGACAGCAGCCUGGGAAGCCACGGAUGGAAACGGCCUGGCGCUGAGCUCUCCCCUCGGACACGCCCAGGCGGACAGGUGUACCGGAAUCUGCUGCGCCUCUACAGUCAAGUGCAAUCUUCGUUGUUUUUGUAUUUAUUUGUAUGUUCAGAUCCAAAGGAUCCGUUGUAAAAUAUAUAUAAAUAUAUACCCAGUGCAAUCAGCCUUCAUGUCCUUUUCCUUGAAAGCAUCUGAAAAUAUAGAAAGCAAGAAAAGGUACAGUGUUCUGUGGGAAAGUCCCAGCUGACGCCCUGAAGAGAACUAGGUCUGCUCCGAACCUUUCGCAGUCACCUGUCACCACCCCGUCUGAAUGUCACCGUUUAUACUCAGAUUUUUGCUUUCCUUACACGUGUUCUUCAUUUAUGUUUUAUUUCUGACUAAAAUAAAUAAAAAGCAUUUAUGAGGACAAUAAAUAAAGCUUUCUGUACUUCAGAAGGACACAAAUUAUUAGUGGGAAAUAAAUAAUUAAGUCACAGAGGAUGUAAAUUUUGUACAAUAUUAGAAUGUGUAAAUGAAGCUUGCUUGGAAGGGGGGAAACUUGAAAUAAAAGCUUUAUGUACUAA